GAUCUGUGCAGCCGCUGCGUCCCGUGUCUGCGUAACCUCUGAUGUCAAAUCCGGCUGAGGUCAAGCAGAAACUGCACAUAACAUGACAAUAGUCUGCGCGCUGUGAACGCACCCAAUUUUUCAGACCCGGAAGGGGACAGAUUGCAGGGAGAAGAGCUUGUAAUGGGCAACAACAUCCGGGCUGUCAAUGACUGCUGCAACACGAAGCUGUCUAGGCAUCCUUGGAUGGAGUAAGAAGGAAGACAAUGUCGUAGUUUUAUAACUGGCAGGUUAGCCGCAUUCCCAUGUUUAGAAGCAGAUGGCUCACCGUCUGAUCCACAGUCUUUUGCAUUAGAAAUACGCUUCUAUACAAACAAUGCGCUGCAUUUGCUUUCUGUUAUUUUCUUUUUCCACAAAAAAGAGCAAGAACCUAACCCAAAUGACGACAAAAUGACAAACGUCCACCUAUUGCACGAGCUGCUGGGCAACUUUUUUUUUGUUUUCUUAACAAAUAGCACACUUGAGGACGAGUGUCAGUCUGGAGGCACGAUUUCUCGUAUUUUUGAGUAAAGAAAUUCUGAAUUUGGCUAUUCAUAGUAUUUUUUAAGUCACGUACAAUUUAUCUACAUUUAAAAUGUAUUAUGAACAAUAGAUACUUGCUACUGCUUAUAUAAUUCACACAAAAUGUGUGAGCAAGAUUUAUUUUAAAUGCUGGUAGAAUAGGAAUUUAAAAGUAUAACAUUGUUUCACAUUUCCAGGAUAAUUGGAAAUAUAGCCGUUGACUAUAUUUAUUUAUUUGUUUAUUGCUACUUCUGCUACAUUUUGUAUAACAUAGUUUGGUGACUUCAAACAUGAUAUUCUUCUGUAUAAAGUACCUACCGAAACACAUGUUGAUGACCAAAUGAAAUAAGAGUUGUGAAAUAAGAUGAUGUGUUUUGUUAUUUUGAAAGACAACUAAAAAAAAUUAGAAAUUGAACCAGCAGCACCGUCAUAAUGUCAGAGACUGUGGUCGAGUCCUACCAUGUACAUCAAAAUAUAUUGGGGAUAGCACCAAAAAAUCCAUUAUCCUUGCCUGUAAAGCUAAUUGCAGGGACCCCAGUUGAUUCCCUGACUCAACCUGAAAACGUUUUAGCAGACGGUCAAAUGGAUAAAUCAUCCUUGCCUGUAAUACGGAAAAAGAAAAGUCUUUCCAUUGAAGAGAAAGUGGAUAUUAUUAGUGCUGUGGAAAGCGGGAGGAAGAAAACUGACGUUGCUGCAGAAUAUGGAAUAAAGAAAAAUUCUCUGUCCUCCAUAAUAAAAAAUAAGGAAAAGAUCUUGGAUGCCUAUGAAUCUUUCCGGUUUGAUCCCAGCCGAAAGCGGCUAAGGACAGCUACUUAUACAGAUCUCGAAGAGGCCUUAAUGCGAUGGUACCAGAUUUCAUGUUGCCUGAAUGUACCACUCAACGGACCUAUGUUACGUGUAAAAGCAAACGAUUUUGCACAGAAGUUGGGAUACAAGGACUUCAAGUGCAGCAACGGCUGGCUGGAUCGUUUUAAGUCUAGGUACGGCUUGGUGUUCCGUUCUCAGUCUGUGGAGGCCCCUUCUGUUCCUGUGGAUACAUCAACUGUUUGGUACCAAACUGUGCUUCCAUAUUAUUUAAAUGAGUAUCAGCCUAAAAAUGUGUUUAGUGUGGCAGAGACACGGUUGCUUUACCAGAUGUUGCCUACUAAUACUUUCGCCUUCAGGGGGGAAACCUGCUCGUUCGGGAAGCAAAGUAGAAAAAUAAUAACUUUGAUGGUCGGUGCCAAUGUGGAUGGAACAGAAAAGCUUCCACUACUGGUGAUUGGCAAAAACGCUAACCCGUGCUCCUUCAAAAGUGUCAAGUCACUGCCCGUGGAUUACGAGUCCAACAGCAAGGCAGGCUUGACCGCAGAAGUGUUUGAAAAAUGGGUCCGCAAAAUCGAUGACAGGUUUCAGGCUCAGCAACGCCGGGUUGCUCUGUUCGUCAGCCAGAGCCCAGCUUAUCCUGAGCUGAAAAACUUGAAGGCCAUCGAGCUCUUGUAUUUUCCAUCCACUGCCAUGCCAAAUGAGCACCCAAUGAAACAAGGGACUAUUAAAAGUCUUAAAGUUAAAUACAGACACCAGCUAAUAAAGAGGUUUGUUGAGUGUGUUGAGAAGAGCAAGGAGUAUACGUUGUCUCUGCUGGACACAGUGGACAUGCUGCACCUGUGUUGGAGGAAUGUUACACAGGAGACUGUGGCUUACAGCUAUAAAAUGGCCAGAUUCAAACCGCAAAACCACACAGCAGGCGUGGAGGACAUCAGCAUGGAGGAGGAAAACAGGCAUGAUCUCAUUGAGCAGGCCCGUGCAGUGGGGGUGGAGUUUCUUGAGGGUUUGUCUUUGGAUCAGUAUACAGAACUGGAUGAGGACUUGAUGGCAUUAGACCCGCCAGUACUCAACAUGGAGAGCUGGGGCAGGAGUGAAGGGACAUCUGAAGAAGCGCUGUCUUUGGGGAAUGAGGAAGAAGAGGAUGAGGAUGAGUAUCUGGGGUCUGAGACGAUAACUCCUUCCAAGACUGAAACUUUGGCUGCCUUGGCGAUCGUGAAGAGAUUUCUUAGGGCCCAGGAGGUUAACCAUGGUCUCCACAAUUCUGUGGCUGACAUAGAGAAUUUCAUUCAGAGUGAGCCUUCCAAUUGAAUGUUGCUUACCUUACAGAGAAAAUGUUUUAGCAGGUUUGGAAGUCCACAUAUCCUAAAACAGUAACCAGGAGUAGAUUUUUGAUAUUGUUUUAAUUCAUCUUAAGCAGGUGGAUGCUGGAGGUAAAAUGUUAUGUAUGAUGCCCAGGUAUAUCUCAGUGAGACGUUACAUUUAUAUCUUCAAUCAGUGGAAGGCAUUUUAAGUGGCAGCCACAUAAAAGCUGUUGAUGAGAAGUAAUGUCAUUUUCCAAGAAAACUGUGCAUAUUUGGAGCAUGUAAGCAACACAUAUUUUAUCUUGGUAUGACUUAAUGUCUGUUUUUGAUGUUCUGUUAAUUUUCAAAUGUAUUGUAAAUAUGUAAAGUAAAAAGUGCCUUAGUACAGUUUUGAUUAACUGUAGUCAUCUACAGUGAGAUAGUGUCCACUAAUAGAAGUUUUUGAUUGGUCACAACUAGAAACUACCGUAUUACUUCGAAUUUAAGAAGCACCCUCAAGUUAAGAAAAAAAUAAAACCUCAAAUAAAUAAGCAUUUACAAAGAUACAGUUAUACAAAUCUCUUAUCGGCCCUUAAAGUAUCUGGCUCUGUCCGGAUCCACCUAAAGUGGCUAGCUUUUAUGACUCCCUCAUAAACCCACUGUAUUUUCUAAGCAAAACCUGUUUAUAUCUAGUUUACUAUUUGGGAAGAUGUUUAGCAAUAGGUUUGUAGCUCUGAUACAAAACAGUGGUCUCCCCAAAAUGUAAGUAUAUUUCAUGUUAGGGCUGGACAUCAAAGGACUUGUUUUUACAACAUUGUCCUGUUGCUCAGAGGCUAAAAGAUGUUAAUCGGAUCCCUAGCCUCAUUAGAAAUUUAACCAGAACCUACGCUCAAUUUAUGAGUUGUAUUCUAAGACCUAACAAUUCAUUCAUUUCCAGUCGUGAUUACACAAACCUGUUUUUCUCCCAAUUUGUGAACUGUGGUAUUGCUUGGCCAGUUGAAAAAUAUAGGGGUCUGAUCAGCUUUUCUGAUCUGUCCAAGCUGGUACUGUUUGUUAGAAACACUGAUAUUGUAAAAGCAUCACUUUAAAUUCAUCAGGAAGCUAUUGACACUUCCUGGAAAAUGACUGCCUAUAUAUCAUAGAUGAUUCAAGAUCAGGAAGUAACAUUUUGGUUUGUCUUUUCUCUGCAGUAAGUCACAUUGCUGCUUGUGUAUUUGGGCAGUGACGUCUUUGUUCAUCUUUUCUCGGCAGUCAGUCACACUGCUGUUUGUGUACUCGAAUAGUCAUGUCUUUUGUUGGCGAUUAUAAUACAUGCAUCAUUAUACUGUUCUCGAAUUUAAGACCCAGGCUAUUUUUGAGGAGCAAAACACAGUUCAAAAGUGCAUUAAAUUCAAAGGAAUAUGGUCUACUCGUAUGAACCACCUGUUGUAUAGUAAAUACACACAUAUAAAUAGUCCUGUAUUAAAAACUUGUAAAUGACCCAUGAACUAUUAUUCAGCUGGUUUGCCUGUUUCGAUUAUAAAAAAAAAAAAAAAAUUGCAUGUGAAGUGAAUGUGAAGUUGUGGAUUUGCAGCAUAGAACUGCUGUUGAAAAUGUGAAGCUUAUUGCAUUGACUGUAUUGUGAGGUUUCUUCCUAAAAAGUGUUCACUGGCUAAGUGUUAGCACUUACCCAGUGAAGCAUUUGCAAAAGAACUUAGAAAAGGCUUUGUCAGAAGUUUAAAAAAAAAAAAAAAGAGACCAUGUAAGGAAAGAACUGGUUAUGGUUGGCUUUAGGGCUGCAACAAAUGGUACAUUUUGACCUUCGAAGGUUCGGAACACAUUACCGAAGGAAGGUUCGAACCUCCGAUGGUAUUAAUUUGCAUAAUUUAGUGGUGUCGUCACCAUAGCUAAUAGUUUAUAUUUGAUUGAAAAUUCUGUUAUUUUACAAGUAAUCCAGAGGACGGUGCUCAGUUUUCUAAAUUAAAAUUAUUAGUCAUAGCGUAUAUUUUAAAUGUUUCAAACAUAUUCUACCAUAGUACUUCUCUUAUACCGUCUUGUACACUAGGUACUCUGCAUAUUUUACUGAAGCAUUACAACCGCUAUGUAACCAACCCUGCUCCAUACACGGCAGCGGCGCAGAUUCGGUAGUGAAUUUUAAUACAACAACUUUUGUUUACAUAAUAUGUAUUAUACAAAUCAAAAGAUCAGAUUUUGCAUGUGACAAUUUUCACACAUUGUCAAACUGAGAAAAAAAGAAAAAAACGUAUAGUGCGUGAAUGCUGCCUGACAAGCCUUUGAAGGUUUAGGACUCGAAUUCCUGACAAGUGAACAAACCUUCAAACACAGCCCAAGUUAGCUUGGAGGUGGUAUAUCAAUUGUUAAAGCUAAUGUAAAAAGCAUAAACGUUAUUAGUUGGAAAACCACAGAAAUGGAAUUGGAUGUCUUCUUUUGUACACAACCUAUGAUAUCUUAACAGAUUGGUGUGUUUAUUUUUAUAGCUCACUGCUAUGUUAAUUCAAGCUGUGCAUAUUGGGUAUUAUAUAGCAUUUCGAUCCUCUGAGACAAAGAGGCCCAAUUUUUUAACUUGUCUAUUUAUAUUGACUUGGGUGACAUCAUUUCAGUAACCCACUUUUACAUACAUUUUCCACAUGUUUGAUCCAAUUUUUAGUUCAUAUCCCUAUAAUCAGCCAAUUGAAUAACAAGCAUUUUAAUCAUUCAUAUUGUGGAUUUUCAGUAUAUAUCUUGUGGCUUUGUUAAACGUAAAUCCUUGUUAGAACAGGCUUUUUAAUAAAACUAUUCUUUAAUGUUCUCCACAAAUGUAUUUGGUAGAUUGUAUGCAGACUGCUACACAGCCAUAUUUAGUAACAAACCUUCUAUGUUAGUGCUCAUUACUAGCAACUGUUAAUUUAAGUGAGCGCUUUUAUUUCUGAAUAAGGCUGUUAAUCUGUAAAAUACUUAAGAGCUAAGUUAGUGUGCUUUGAGCUUUCAAGUGAAUUAGAAAUGUGACAGAGUCAAGAUUUUUAUCUUGGCAAGGUUGACGAUUGUAUCCAAAUACUGUAUACUUGAUGCAUGCUGUAAGUAUACAGUAGCCACUAUGUGACAAGUGCAGUGGACUUCAUUAAAAGUCAGCUAUGUGCUGCUUCCGCCCUCAGUCUGACUCGCAAAAUCAAUGACGGGCAAUAAUGUGCUGUGACUCAAAAGGAGCCUUUGUGAUGUUUAUUAAUACUACUGCAUCCUGUUAUCGCAGGAUUUACAAGCCUGAUGAAAGAGAAUAGCAGAGAGAGUCCACUUGUCUUAUAAUAAUGUAUAUGUUCUCCAGGUCAACCAUUUGCACAACUGUUAAUUGAUACACUUGGUAUGCUUUAUAAUCUGUAUACUACUACUAAUGUGUGUGUGUGUGUGUGUACACUUCUACUGUACUUCUGAUUUUAUAGUUACAGCAGAAUGUUAAUAAAAAGAUGUGUUAUUUGAAAUUUCAUAGAUGGUAAACAAA